AUGUACAAAGACGACAUUGCCAGGAUUGCGGCACUGGGCGUCAGAUCUUACUCGUUCACAUUGUCCUGGAGUCGGAUCCUGCCGUUCGGCCGAGGCGCCGUCAACGAAGAGGCAAUUGCGCACUACAAUGAUCUGAUCGAUACCUGCAUCGAGUACAAUGUCAUACCGAUGGCGACGCUAUAUCAUUGGGACACGCCGCUUGUUUUGCAAGAUACAUACGGAGGCAAGUACCUCUUGUUUGAAUUCCAUUCCCUGCUCUACGUUCUCUGUCAUACGGAGAAUACCAUCACAAGGCCUUCUGGUUCGUCGUCGGAGACAUCAGCUAACGAAUUUUCCUUAGGCUGGCUCUCUGAGGACAUCGUUAAUGAUUUUGUCGAAUACGCCCGCAUCGCUUAUGGACGAUUCGGCGACAGGGUCAAGCAUUGGUUCACAGUCAACGAGCCGAUCGUCUUCUGUCAGCAAUACCCGUUCCCUGCACAUUACUACAAGACGAUCGACAUCCCGGACGUUCGCCAACAAUUCUACUGUGGGCAGAGCGUGCUGUUGGCUCAUUCGAAGGCGUACCACCUUGGCAAGAGCAUGAUGCCGGAUUCUAUGAUCUCAUACAAGAAUGGCUUUGUUGAUGAUGGUGAUACUAAUGUUAACGGCGGCUACAAGAUCCCACUUACCAAUUCCACUGAGGAUGCCAGAGCAGUGCAGCGGGCCUGGGAUUUCAACGAGGGCUGGUUCUCUGACCCCAUCUAUCUCACCGGCGACUAUCCUUCCAGUGUCAAGCAAUACGUUUCCACCUUCCUGCGCCCCUUCACCGCCUCUGAAAAGCGAUCGAUCAGAGGCUCUGCCGACAUCUACGCUCACGACGCCUACACAUCCCAGUUCUACUUCGCUCCCCCGGGUGGCAUAGAUGCAUGCAUUAACGACUCUUCGAACGCCGCAUACCCUUCCUGCGCUGCUACUCAGUACACCUACGAAGAUGGGUGGCUCAUCGGACCCGCAGCUGACCCGCUUGCGCCGUGGCUGCACAAAGCCACCGACUGGGUCCCGCAGUUCCUGCAUUACCUCAAAGACACGUGGGCAGAUCCGGCUGGCAACCUGCCACUCGCGGUGACCGAAUUCGGCUUUGCGGAACCGUUCGAGGCGCAGAAGACCCUGCUGCAGGACAUCCUCUACGAUCCCAUCCGGAUGAGUUACUACCACGACUACAUGCGAGCGAUCUUGAUUGCUAUGAGUGAGGGUGUCAACGUUGUUGGCUGCUUAGCGUGGUCAUUGUAUGACAACUUUGAGUGGGCUUCUGGGUUUGCGGUCAAGUUCGGGAUGCAGUACGUGAACUUCACCGAUCCGAAGCUGCCACGAUACUACAAGGCUUCCUUCUUCGAGUACAAGAACGCCUUCGACUUGUAUCAGGAGAAGUAG